AUGAGCUCAAAAGUCUACAUCGGCAACCUGGGCAGGGACCCCUUGCCCGAGAGCGACCUCGAGGAAGAGUUCGAAGAUUUCGGACCGAUCAAAGAAAUAUUUGUUGCGCGUAAUCCACCGGGCUUUGCGUAUAUAGAUUUCAUGUCCGAAAAAGACGCGAAGCAGGCAGUGCGCGAAAUGAGCGGCAAGAAAAGAUCUGCGGGCGCAGUGUUAAACCCUGAAAAGAAACCAAACAAGCCAAGAAAGAAGACUAAAAAGGAAAAGAAAGAAGAGCCCGCACGAAAGGCCUCGACCGACAGCGUGACGACUUCCAACUCGGAAGACGCCUUCGAAGUCGCCGUGGCAAAGGCGCUCGUCAAAUCUGAGCCUGAGCGGGCUAAAAAGAGGCGACCAAAGUCCAAAAUCCAAAAAGUGUCCAAGAAUUCCGAGUACCAGAAUUAUCGGAUCACGAUGGACAUCACGCCGUUCAAGAUCGAAGACAAUGAUGACGAUCACGUCAUGGAAGAAGUCGACUGA